UUGUAAAUGACUCUAAACUUAACAUAAAAACGGCAUCGUUCAAAUGAGAAACGAUCUUCCCUCUGAGAGAUGAGUCACCUUCUCCGUUUGGCUAUCUUCCAAAACCCUCCCCUUCUCUCUGAGUCUUUAAAAUUGCCGGGAAAAUGACGGCUCUCUUAAACCCUAAACCCCUAAAUCUCAGAUUGAAUCCCCCUCCGAAAAGCCUAAUAAAUAAUUAUUACCUUUUGAAAAAAAUUAACAUCCUAAAACCUUUAAACCCUAAUUUUCCAUGAUCCAUAAAUUGAAACCCAUCAAUUUUCUGGCAAAACCUCACUUUCUUUCCCCUCGUUCCUCCCUCAUAUUCUUCAAGCCUUCAGUAUCCGUUGCCAAACUCGUGGAAGAAGAACCCUUUCUUUUCCACCCUCCUAAAGACCGUUUUGAGAUCCUUUCUGGGUUGAAAAAAUUGGGUUUUAGGAGGUUUUUAGCUGGGGAUUACUUUAGGAACAUUGUUUUGAGUUUGGAUCAGUUACAGGUUGAUAAAAUUAUAAAUGGUCUGAGAGUUGAAAGCCCUGAUUUUGUGGUGGUUUUCUUUGAUUUUAUGAGGAAGGAGUAUAGGUUUCGGCAUUCAAGAUUUUCACGGUUCGUUGUGGCCCAUGUUUUGGCCGGGCAGAGGCGGCUCGAGGAGUUGCGGUUCGUUUUGGAGCAAAUGUUAAAAGAGGAAGGCUCUGAUUCUGCUCCUUCACUCUGUGAGCUCCUUUGGAAUGGCUUUAGGGACUGGGACAAGAACAGUUGGGUAUGGGAUAUGUUGGCUUUUGUUUAUUCGAGAUUUGAGAUGGUUCAUGAUGCUCUCUAUGUUCUUGCGAAGAUGAAGGACCUUAAAUUGCAUGCUUCAAUACUGACCUAUAACAGUCUUUUAUACAACUUGAGGCAUACUGAUAUCAUGUGGGAUGUGUAUAAUGAAAUCAAAGUUACUGGAACUACUCGGAGCAAACAAACUAAUUCUAUAGUCAUAGAUGGCCUUUGUAGGCAAUCCAAGCUACAAGAUGCAGUUUCAUUCUUGCGAGAGACUGAAGGAAAGGGACUUGGGCCUUCUGUUGUUUCAUUAAAUACAAUUAUGUCAAGAUAUUGCAAAUUAGGUUUUGCAGAUGUUGCAAGAUCGUUUUUUUGUAUGAUGCUUAAGUAUGGACUACUUCCUGAUGCAUAUAGUUACAAUAUUCUUAUUCAUGGACUAUGUAUAGCUGGUUCCAUGGAGGAAGCAUUAGAAUUCACAAAUGACAUGGAGAAACAUGGGGUACAGCCUGAUAUAGUAACAUAUAACAUUCUCACAAAAGGGUUCCGUCUACUUGGCCUGAUGAAUGGGGCUUGGAAGGUCAUUGAAAUAAUGCUAAAUAAAGGAUUGAAUCCAGAUCUUGUUACAUAUACGAUACUCAUAUGUGGCCAUUGUCAGAAUGGGAAUGUCAAGGAAGGAUUAAAGUUGCGGGAGGAGAUGCGUUCACGUGGUUUUCAGUUGAGUAACAUCUCAUACAGUUUAUUGCUCAGCAGUUUGUGUAAGAGUGGACAAGUUGAUGAGGCACUGGUGUUGCUUCAUGAAAUGGAAGCUGAUGGCUUGGAACUGGAUCAUUUAACAUAUUCCAUCCUUAUUCAUGGGCUCUGCAAGCAAGGAGAAUUACAAAGGGCUCUUCAAUUAUACGAAACAAUGUGCUCAAAGAGAAUUGACCGUAAUUCGAUUUCAAGUGGGGCCAUUCUAUUGAGUUUAUGUCAGAAGGGGAUGAUAUUGGAGGCAAGAAUGUAUUUUGAUUCUCUGAUAAUGAAUGACUGGGGGCAGGAUAUUGUUCUCUAUAAUAUUAUGAUUGAUGGGUAUGUAAGGCAUGGUAAUGUUGAGGAGGCUGUACAGUUAUAUAAACUAAUAGCUGGAAAAGGGACUCUCAUAUAUGGGUUCUGCAAAAGAAGAAACUUAGCUGAGGCAAGAAGAUUGAUGGACACUAUAAGGCUGAAUGGCUUGGAACCAACUGCUGUAACAUACACCACUCUUAUGAAUGCAUAUUGUGAACAUGGAAAUAUGCACUGCAUGCUUGAGUUGCUUCGAGAGAUGGAUGCAAAAGGUGUUGGUCCGACUCAUGUCACUUACACUGUAUUUAUCAAAGGGCUAUGUAAACAGAGGAAGUUGCAAGAAGCUGUCCAAUUACUUGAGGAUAUGUGUGAUAAGGGUUUCAACCCAGAUCAAGUGACAUAUAAUACCAUCAUCCAGUGUUUCUGCAAAGCUCAAAAUAUUAAAAAGGCUUUUAAGUUACUUAAUGAGAUGUUACUGAAUAAUCUUCAGCCCACACCUGUCACAUAUAAUAUUCUCAUACGUGGUCUCUGUGUAUAUGGUAACCUUAAGGAUGCUGAUAAUUUACUUAUUUCUCUUCAUGAACGAAAUAUCAAUUUGACCAAAGUUGCUUACACCACAAUAAUCAAAGCACAUUGUGUGAAGGGUGAUGUACACAGUGCUUUCAUGUUCUUCCACCUAAUGGUGGAGAAGGGCUUCGAAAUUUCAGUAAGAGAUUAUAGUGCAGUUAUCAAUAGAUUGUGCAAAAGGUGUUUGAUAACUGAGGCACAGCAUUUUUUCUGUCUGAUGUUAUCUUAUGGCAUUUCUCCAGAUCAAGAAAUUUGUGAAGUUUUGCUUGAUGCCUACCUUCAAUGUGGUGACUUCAUUUCAGUUUAUGAAAUGCUCGCAUGGAUGAUCAAAUUUGGCUUACUUCCUCAAAAUUCAUGAGAAAUGAUGAUUUUAAUUUUUAAUGCAUCUUUCUUUGAGAAGGAACUGCCAAAUUAAUGAUGCUGAGGUUCGUCACUUGAAGGUAUAGGCAUUAAAUUAUAGAUAUAUAUUGCUUAUGGUUUUUCACUACAGAUUUAAGUUAAAUGGUUCAUAAGAAACAAGCAUAAUGCUUUUACCUCCUCUUACUUUUAAUAAAGAAAAAAAUUAUGCUGUGAAAUUUACAACAGUUAGGCUGAUAAAUGCCUAGUUACAUAAUGUGUAAAGUGUUGUUUAACGCAUGGGAAUGCUUUUACUCACCCUUUCCUGGCCCCAUUUUUAUGUCUUGUAUGAUGUAUCCAUAAUCUAGGCCUUUUCCUUCUAAAAUAAAACAAGAGGUUUUGAUUAAAGCUUGAAAUUAUUUGAUUUAUAGCCUAGAACAGGUAUUGUUUUCUGAUUUGUGACUUGGAGUUGUAAUUCGAAAAGGAGGAUGUUGAAUAAGACGAUAGGAAGGUUACUCCUGCAUGUCUGAAUGCAUGUUUUGAUCCACAUUAAAGUGUUAGAGUGGCCCUAUAUAUUGCAUGGGAUAAGUUCUGCUACUUAUCUCUCAUGUAAAGAUUGCUGGUUCAUUUAACGCUUGAACUGAAGGUAAUGUCUCAUUGCGGUUGGAAAUUUGAAUUUCUCAUCACAUCCUUGUAGUUUGCAAGUUUGUGAUGAGAUAUUGACAAGUUUGUGAGUAUUGACAAGUUUUUGCAGAUCGAUCUAAGUAGGCUACCUCAAUUGGAUUCAAUUUCCUUUGAAUGUCACCUUGGUCUAAAAUCUGUCUAAUUUUGCUACCGAAUCUAGUUUUCUUCCCUUAUGUCUAAUUUAUCCCAUGUGAAGACAAACCAGCUUCAAUUUAGGUUCUUGAUGGUGGUAUUGUUAUUUGUUCAAGCAGUUGCACCUGUGGAUGACUACUUAAGGUAUUAAGGAUGCUGGGACAGAUCUGCAAACACUUAAUUGCAGAUUCUUAAUGAAUCUGAUUUGACAGCCCAUCGUCCUCAUUAGGCUAGUUGCACAUAUCAGAUGCAGUGGCCGCAUUCAUUGACAUACUGGAAGAUUUGGAGUCCUAACCUCUUUUUAGCAUCAACCAACCGUCAUCGUUCAUGAAACAGUAAGGAAUGGGGAGGAAUUUGUGCAUCAUUGUUAUAUCAGUCAGUCUUUGGAAAUAAAGGUCGCAUAAGAGUUGAACCAGUUGAUUAAAAGGUCUUGAAGUCUGCCUAAAGCGGCCAUAAUGGCAAGGUUCCUGCUGUUUCCGAGGCCUUUAAAAUGUUCAACGCCGGAUGGGGAGAGAGGGCGUGAAGGGAAAGGGAGUACGAGAGGAAUGAUGCAACAAGGGGGAGAAGAGACGAGGGAAGAGGAGAGAGGAAAAGGAGGUUUUUAGGGGUGAGAGUUGGUGGGUGAGGUUGAGAAGAGCGAGCAUGCAGGGGAACACUGGUAUGUGGGGGUUGGUGUUGGGGUUGGCUACAGUGGACACGGUGGAGAGACGAAGAAGAGAGGAAGCUGGUUUAUGUGAAGGAAGAUGAUUUGGUGAUGAUUUGACUUCACAAUUGACUGUCAGUGGCAAAAUGCAAAUAUUUCAAGAUAGGUGGAGACUGGAGAGACACAUCUACAUCGAAGAUUAGAGGAGUCAUCAAGGUGUUGUGUGUCUGAAACAGUGAAAGUACGAAAAGUACAAGGGACUUCUUUUAGCCACCAAGUUACUAACUGAUUUAUACUGUUAGUACUCAACUAUCUUUUAACAUUCAUAUAGAUAUGAUAACACUGUUGUUAAUUUAACAUUCUUUGUUGACAACCAUAUUUUUGCUUAAUUAUUAGUUAUUCUUAGGUGGGUGGUGCCUGGGCUCAUGAUAAUCAGCAUUGAAAGCCGUGAAACCAGACUCAUCAACUUCAUCAGAGAAAUGACUGAUGACAGUGUGUUCGCAGCCUAAAUUAUUGCCACAUUUGGAGUUUGUAGUUGAAAACUUUGAAGCCCCUCCAACAGUAGCACCACUCAUUUUCACGUCCUUUAGCUUCUUCAUUUGUCUGUCCAGUACCACCAUUUUUCUUCCUCCUAGCCAAUUCUUGCUUGUUGCAGCAGCAGUUACUGCAUGUUCACCAUCCAGGAGCCCCUAAUUGAACCAAAAAAAUUUCAGAUACAGAAGUCAUGCAAAAUAUUGAAUUAGAAUAUAAUGUAGCCACCUUAAUUAUUAUCACCUUUCCAAUAGAAACUAUCUUAUGGUUUGAAUCCAGAAUCCCACCUGAUGAAAUAAAAGAAAAAGUACAUAAAUUCAACAAUAGCCUAAAUUAUAACAAUACUGAAGCUCAAAUAAAAAAUGCAUUAAGUUUAAAGAAUGGAAGAAUUACAGCUAGACUUUUAAUUUCAGUGAUUAGGAUUUAAAUUUUAACAAUUUAAACAUAUAAAAAAAGAAAUGAAGAAUCACCAUAUUUAUAUAUACCUUGCCACCUGGCUUGUGCAAAGGAAAUCCAUGUAGUAAACAGAAGUAACAUCAAGAGGCAUGUUACCAUCCCAGCAUUCACCUUUCUUCCUAGGAAAUGAAAACAG